AUGAAGGAAGACAUGUUGACAUCAUCUGAUAUAUUGUGGAGACCCGGAGUUCAAUUUCUUAUGCUGGCACAUUCCCCGAGCCAAAGAUAUAAGAAACAGACAACAAAGCUUAGGUCUCAUGGUAGAAGAAGACCGGUUGCUCACCUAUAUCAAUCAUUGAUGGAUAAUAGAGAUUAUAGGUUCUUUAUUCCACCUUUGCUAAGAGAUGAACGGGGGACUGUCAAAAGCCAUCCGAGUGGUUCUUUGGCUUCCAGGUUUUUCUGUGGUGCUCGUAAUGCUAGGAAGAAAUCAAAUUUGGGUGAAACUUUUUCCACGCAGGAGCAACUUAUCGAGGAGCCUUGGCUAUCACAGCCAUCCAUUGGCAUGCAGCGGGCUGUAAAUAGUUAUACUGAUAUUGAUAAUGGCGUGGAGAAAUCAAAAUUCUUGAAUCAAUCCAGUCUUAGUGAGGAUUUCAGCCAUAAGUUGGAUUAUGAUGAGAAAGGAAGUAACAGUUCUGUAUCAGAAAAUACGUUUUUAAUGAAUUAUCUUGUCGAGGAGCCUUGGAUAUUUGAUUCCUUUACAGUUACUUCUGAAGGAGAGAUAGUUUCGAGUGCCUUCAGUAAUGAGUCUGGUGAAGAUAAGGUCACCCUGUCAGUAUUUGAUGAGCAGCAAAAGUCCAUACCUGAGAACCUGCUGCAUGAGAAAAAAAGCAACAUGACAUCAAAGGACUCUGUCUCCACUGUUAUAUUGAUAAAUUCUUCUGUAUGUACCGUUCAAAGAAUUGCCAUUCUAGAAAAUAAUCAGCUGGUCGAACUGUUAUUGGAGCCUGUAGAAACCAAAGUGCAGUGUGGUGAUGUUUAUUUAGGAGUUGUAACUCAGCUAGCUCCAAACAUGGGAGGUGCAUUUGUAAAUAUUGGCAUCCCAAGGGCAUGUUUCAUGGAUAUAAAGUUCUACAUGAAACCAUUUAUAUUACCUUUCUCUCAUAGUCCCAUGAAGGAAAAAGAGGUACGUGGCCCCAUGUCUGAUAAAUCUGGGGUGGAGGUGGAUUUUCCCAAGACUGGGGCCUUCUUCAGUGGAGUUGAAGAAUCAGACGAGGUGGAGUGUGACCAAAGUGAAGACGAGUUUGAAGGUGAGGAGAACCAUUUUCAUUGUGAUGAUGUUUUGGACAGUAUCAAUGAAAAUGUUAAUGGUGGCCUUGUUAGAGAUGGAAGUGAGGUUGAUUUACAGAAGUCCUUGGAGCAGCUUAAUGGGGAUGUGGAGCAGCUGGGGGCUAGAACUGGAGACCUGGAUGCAAACAGUGAGGUUUUAGUCACCAGAAAAACUAAGUGGGCUACAGUUAAAAAGGGCUCUAAGAUCAUUGUACAAGUUAUUAAAGAAGGAUUGGGUACAAAAAGCCCCACAGUGACUGCUUAUCCAAAUCUGUGUAGCAGAUUCUGGGUACUGAGCACCUGCGUCAAGAAAAUCGGAGUUUCUAAGAAAAUCGGUGGUGCUGAGCGAAAAAGAUUACGGACUAUAGCAGAAACCUUGCGGCCUCCUGGAUUUGGCCUCACUGUAAGGACAGCUGCUUUUGGUCAUUCAUUAGAGGAAUUGCAAAAAGAUUUGGAAGGUCUAUUAUCAACGUGGAAAAAUAUAGUGGACCAUGCAAUAUCUGCUACUCUUGCUGCCGAUGAAGGUAUUGAUGGUGCUGUUCCUGUUAUGUUGCACAAGGCAAUGGGCCAAACACUCUCUGUUGUCCAAGAUAUUUUUAAUAAGAAGGUGAAGAGCAUGGUGGUGGAUUCACCACGGACUUAUCACGAGGUUACCAACUAUCUUCAGGACAUAGAUCCCAGUCUUUGUGAAAGAGUUGAGUUAUACAGCAAACGGACUCCAAUUUUUGAUGAGUACAACAUUGAGGAAGAAAUCAAUAAUAUUCUGAGUAAAAGGGUUCGUCUGGCUAAUGGUGGUUAUCUAGUGAUCGAACAAACGGAGGCCCUGGUGUCCAUUGAUGUAAAUGGGGGUCAAGGUGUGCUAGGUCAAGGGACUUCACAAGAGAAAGCGGUUCUUAAAGUGAACCUUGCUGCGGCUAAGCAAAUUGCCAGAGAAUUAAGGCUGAGAGAUGUUGGUGGAAUAAUUGUGGUAGAUUUCAUUGAUAUGAGAUAUGGUGCAAACAGAAGGAAGGUUUAUCAAGAAGUCAAAAAGGCCGUCAAGAGGGACCGGUCGAAAGUUGAUGUUUGUGAACUAUCCAGGAACGGGAUUAUGGAAAUAACUCGGAAGCGGGUUCGCCCUAGUGUUUCAUUUAUGAUUAGUGAACCAUGCACCUACUGCCAUGCAACUGGAAGAGUGGAAGCAUUGGAUACUUCAUUUUCAAAAAUUGAACAUGAAAUCUGUCGACUUUUGGCAACCACAGAGCAGAAAUCGGAGCCAGAGAACCCCAAAACUUGGCCACGAUUUGUCCUUAGGGUUAAUGGAGACAUGUGCAAGUAUAUGACCACAGGAAGGAGGACCAGGCUAGCAGUUUUAAGCAGUUCCCUUAAAGUUUGGAUCCUCCUAAAGGUAGCUAGAGGGUUCAGCAGAGGGGUAUUUGAGCUGAAACUACUUUUGCCAGGUGAAGAUACAGGCGAAAUGCAUGAGAAUCAGGGCAUACCAAGCCCAAUAGUGAGGUUUAAGGAUGUAAUAACUCACUCCUUCACCACCCCCCCUCAAAUCACCAUCUCUCCUACGAAAAUUCGGAAACCCGGUCCCGAGUCAUAG